ACGCGUUCAGACAUACAGAGACUGUUAGCCUGUUAGCACUUCAACUCUAUUAGGUGGCGGUUAUUUCUCACAGUGAAGCGACCGGCUAUGUCUUUAUAUUUGUAUGACAUUAGAUAAAGGGAAGGGAAGGGAAGGGAAGGGGGGUAAAGAGAAAGAAAGGAAGAGAAGGGAGUGCACCUUGCGGUGAGAUGACGCGAGCGGUUUUGUUUGAAUGAAACCCGUCCAGUCCAGGAUGGAUGACUUCUCUCAUCUUUUCCCCGAGCGGAACACUCCUCCGCUUCACAUGGAAACGCCGUUACCUCGUAUCAUCGGUGCCUCCGCCGGCUCGGGGGUGAGCAGCGCCUUACGGAACGAUUUAGGCUCCAAUAUCAGUGUGUUAAAAACACUGAAUCUGCGGUUCCGCUGUUUCCUCGCCAAAGUCCACGAGUUGGAGCGGCGGAACCAGGUGUUAGAGACGCAGCUGCAGGAAGCUCUGGAGGAGUCGCGGUACAAGAGCCUGUUAAGCCGGGAACAAGCCAUCCAGACGGACUACGAGCUCCCGUUCGCAGGCCCGCUAGGCGAGGCCAGGGUCCCCGGGAGAAUCUGGAGUUAUGCCCAUAACAGGAGGUAUGGAGGUCGGCUGGGGAUCCAUCACGGGCCCGGAGUUUCCUGGACGCACCCAGAUGGAGUCGGGGUUCAGAUCGACACCAUCACCCCCGAGCUCAGGGCCAUCUACAACGUGCUGGCCAAAGUCAAACGAGAGAGAGACGAAUACAGAAGGAGAUGGGAGGAGGAAUUGUCCAAGUGCCAGCAAAUGGAGGCCAUGGUGGAGACUUUACAACAAAGUGCGCAGGAGGCUGAGGUCCUACGAAAUGAACUGAGUGAGAAAGUGGACCAGCUUAAAGCCGAUUUGAUCAUCUAUAAGAGUCUCAUGAGCGAUCAAAUGUCAGAUUUGGACUCGAAAAUUCAAGAGAAAGCCAUGAAGGUGGACAUGGACAUUUGUAGACGUAUCGACAUCACAGCGAAACUGUGUGACGUGGCUCAACAGAGGAACUCAGAAGACAUGAGCAAGAUGUUUCAUGUUAGUCCUUCUAGAGCUCCUGCAGACCACAAAGGGGUGUCUGCAUCAUGUAAAAAGAAGGAGCGCAAGGACGUGUCUGAUGACGAAAAUGCUGAGGCAGAGGCACACAGUGAUAAGGAGGCUGGUGGAUCUCUCAACAUUACAGACGAAAUGAAGCGCAUGCUCAGUCAGCUAAUUAGCUCAGAUAACUGCUCUGUCGCCAGGAGGGAGACGUUCGAGUUUGACGACGACUGUGACAGUCUAGCCUGGGAGGAGACUGAAGAGACUCUGCUCCUAUGGGAAGACUUUACCAACAGUCCUGUUAAUAACACUGCCACCACUAGUGCUGCUGCUGCCGGUGCACAAUCUAGCACCGCCUGUGCUGCCGAAUGCCACGGAGAAACACACGAGCAGGAUGGAAAUCUGCGUAGUCUGAUAAACGAGACCGAGUCACUCUUUAAAAUGAGAGAGCAGGAGUACCAGGCUACAAUCGGACAGAUCGAGCUGGAGCUGGCCACAGCUAAGAGUGACAUGACCAGACAUCUGCACGAGUACAUGGAGAUGUGCAGCAUGAAGCGAGGACUGGAUGUGCAGAUGGAGACCUGUCGCAGACUCAUCCAGAGCUCAGCAGACACUGACAGACAUUCACCAUUCGUUAACUCUGGAGCAAGCAGUGACUCGGGAAAUGCUGAAGACCUGCAAGAUGACCAGGACAGGGAUGGAGAGAAAGACAUAGCUGGAAAGAGUGAUGGAGAGACAGAGGUAUAUAGGGAGGUCAGUUGAUGAUCCUCCAUAUCACAGUUCAUAAACAGUGGCGCAGGGAUCGAAUUUCUUACCCAAUCUUCCUUGGUAUGCGUCUGUGUGGAUCUCCGAUUUGGUGCUUAAGUGCGCUCGCUGUCCCAAAUUGGGAUUAAAUCUAUUUUAAAUAGGUUAUCUACUAAUGUUUUUUCCCGUCAGCACUGCCGUGGCAUGGCUUCAUCUUCUCAUGUCCUUUUUUUCUUAUAAAUUCCACAGUAUGCACAAGGUUUUUUCCUCAGUCUUUCCUUUUCUUUACAUUGUGAUUCAUAAAAUCCAUUAAUCAUUUUUCAUUCAUCAUAUCACACCAGAUAUGUUUUGUUAAUGUCAUAAAGGAGCCUGGGAUUACCAUUAAAAAUAACAUUUAUUCAGAUUCUUGUCACUUUUUGAAAAGAAAAACUGUGUUUUAUACAUUUUAAAAGGGAUAUUGCUGUUAAACAUUGCUGUUCAUCACUAAGCCACAACAUAUAAGCCAUGCAGCUGGAGCUUCUACACUAGGGUUAAACAAAGUUGCACAAUCAUGCACAAAGCACUAUGCAAUAAGCUGCUUUGUUUAAUUUUUUAGGGACAUUCUUGGUAUUUGUAAAAAAAAAAAAAAAGUGCCCUGCUCUUAUUUUACCUGAAAUGCAGAAGGUUCAGUGUUCAGAGAAAGCUGUUGCCAAACAGUAGAAAACCAAAACCCUUGUGCCUGUAAAUGUGUUUUAUACUGUAACUCUUGCCUUAGAAGUUUGUUUGCUUUAACUAUGCUUUUUUUAAAGUAGUUCAAAAACUGAUCAAAGUCCAGAACAGAAGAUAACGUACACCUGUUACUCAUCAGAAGUAAAAAUGUUAUUAUUAUUAUUAUUAUUAUUAUUAUUAUCAUUAUUAUAAUAACUUUUUUUUACUAGUAUUGUUGCUUUUGGACGUUUUCUAUACUUUUGAAGUUAAUAAAGGUCUUGUUUAUAGUUAGUUUUAAUUAUAGUGCUGAUUUAUGUGGGGCCUUUAAAAAUGUAUUUUUUUGUUAUUUAUGAAAAUAAGUAAUUGUGUUUUAUUUUCUGCUUUAUGGACACUAAA